CCUGUGGGAUUCAGCACAAUAUUCAGGCGCUGUGUGGAUAGCCGCACUGGAGGGCGACGUGGGCCGCGAAGGCCCCCGCUGUCGGCCAUCAAGGAAGCGCGGCGGGCGGCUGGGCGCGGUGUGUCAGGCGGUUCAAUCAUGUCGAAGGUGUCCUUUAAAAUCACGUUGACGUCGGACCCGCGGCUACCGUACAAAGUUCUCAGCGUCCCUGAAAGCACACCCUUCACAGCAGUGCUGAAGUUUGCCGCGGAAGAAUUUAAAGUUCCUGCAGCUACAAGUGCGAUUAUUACUAAUGAUGGAAUAGGAAUAAAUCCUGCACAGACUGCUGGGAAUGUUUUUCUGAAGCAUGGCUCAGAGCUGCGAAUCAUUCCUAGAGACCGAGUUGGAAACUGCUAAUAUAUGCUUCAUGGAUACACAGGCUUUCAGAAUAAAUACUGGUAUUUGUUGUUGCUGUACAAUUGAAAUCAGGCAUUCACAAUACAAUGAAAGCACCAAGAAUCGAUGGAACAGGGAAAGCUGGUCCUGUCCCUUCCUGUUCAUUGUUUUCAUGGAAAGAGAGAAUGCCUUUGAGUGGAGGGUACCACACCACAGGUCACACUGUGGUAACUGCUGCCUCACCGGAGAAGAGAGUACCUCUGUGACAAAUGGACUGUGCUUUAAACCAAAAACAGCAAAACUGGAAGAUGAGUGCUAAUUCUUUUCGAGAGCAUUUGGAAAAUUAAAAUUCACAGAAUCUGAUGUAUUUUCUAAUUUUGAAAUUUAAAAGGAUAAUUGAUCAUAGAGGUAUUUGGCUUGACAGCAUCUCCUAGUUAGAUUUUUAAAUUAUAUAAUUUGUGAUGAAUUUAAUAGGUAUUUGAAUGAACUAUUAAAUUUAUACAAAACCAAACAUUAAAUUAUAGGAUCUCAACCAUUAUGAGUACAAGUUGCUAUUGUAAGACAAAUAGCUUUGAUAGAGAGAUCUUGUGAAAUCAAGCAUGCAUGGUGGCGUCUGACAGUACCACAGAAGCACCCUUAGCUAUUUCAUGAAUUCCUAGAUAAAUAAUAAAGCUUUAGGACAGAAAUCUUUAAACCAGUCUUUUUGAGGAUUCUAUUUUUGAGCAGUAUCCAAAAGUUGUUGCAGAGAUGACCAGAAACAUUUUUGUCCUUAAUGAAGAGCAAACUUUAACGAAGCUGUUAAUAUUAGUCACAAGUGGAUAAAGAACCAGGGAAGCAAAGAUAGCCAGGCUCUUCCCAGAAGGGCAGAGGAAGUGAGAAGGAACAGGAGGCUGGAGUGUCCAAAGGCAGAAGUCGGAGGACGAAGCUGCAGCAGAGGUGGAAUCGUGAAAGGGAGGAGAGUGCUGGGUACAGGGUCAGACGGCAACUGCGCAUGCAUCAAAAGCCACCUUAGGUGUCUGCAAGGGUUUACAUAGAUUUCAGGGCUGGGACCCUGUGCCCAGUACUCUUCUCCUUCGGAGUGAAGGAGGAUACCAAGCCCCCAGAGUCAUCCUCUAACCUUAUGCAGAUACCCAGAUGUGAGCCAGGCCCCUCCCACAAAAUCUCUUUGCCUUUACACAGGAAGUUCAUGUCUAGCACAUGUUUCAGGGUGAAUUAGAUGCUGACAGUGACUGAGAGCCAGGCAGCUCUACUUUAGUGGGUGAGCUCUUUGGAGGUGAGGGGUCUGUCACAUGCUCCCUAGAGCUAGAGAUACAAGUUCUCAAUAAAUAUUCACUGAAUUCAUGAAUAA